AUGGGAACUGCUCGAUUUUCAUCGAUAGUCUGUCGGUUUUCAUCAUCUUCCUUCUCUAAUAAUACAAAUAAUGCAACUGCUGCAACUACUAUCACUAAUAAUAAUAAUAACAAUAGGAGCAAUAAUUACCGCGAACAACGUGAACUUUAUGAAGCGGCAAAGAUCAUACAACAUGCCUAUCGUCAAUAUAAGGCUAGAAUUAGUACACAACGACAGAAUGAAGCAGAGCGUAAUGCUGCGAUACUCAUUCAGAGCUAUUAUAGGCGAUACAAGCAAUUUUGCUAUUUCAAACGUCUUCACAAGGCGGCAGUAUUUAUUCAAAAGCAUUUUCGUAUGCAUAAGGCAGUUAUGCGAGGUGAUAGCAAUCAUUGUUUAUCAGUUAAUGUUGAUGAUAUAAAACAUGUUCAGUAUGAUGAUGCGACAUUCAAUACACCUACACAGUUGACGAUGAAAGAACAUCAAGCUGCGUUAACUAUUCAACACGCUUUCAGGCAAAAAGGACGAGAGAAAGGAUUCUGGACUCUGGCGGAUAUUUAA